UUGAUCGCUCAGCUUUAAGCAAUAGAAUGGUCGGCGUAGACCACUUGGAUUCGGCAGAUGCCUUGCAUAUUGACGCAUAUACGCUGACUGAAUAUGUGCCUGCCAAGCCAUUGGAAAGCAAUCUCGAAAUUGUCUUUAGCAAUACAGAACAGACCUCAAUUACGCCACAGCAUAAUCCAUGUGGUCAACUGAAUUGUGGAAGUGCCUUGAAGUUUCCUUUCGCACGUGCUGAUUAUGCGCCAGUGGCAGUGCUCAUAACAGAUGCCCAAGAGCUUGUGGCCGCCGAUGCUUCUACUUCAACGAAGCGUGUUGUCGAGCUAACGUUGAACACAGCUUCGCUGGGUGCGCUGGACUAUGAUCCCGGGGAUACAGUGGCCAUUCUUCCCAACAAUUCGCCACAGACUGUGGCUCUUAUUCUGCAACGCCUUAACUUGACUCAACAGGCGGACAGCAGCUGCCAUGUGAGUCUGGCCUUAAACUGCGCCAAGAAGAGCGCCAAAGUGCCCGUUCACAUUCCCUCGCCGACAACUCCGCGCGAAAUUCUAACUUAUUGUGUCUCGGUACGCUCAGUACUACAAAAGCAGUUCCUCAGCGCUUUAGCCAGUUGCACUAGCGACUUGAAAGAGUGCUCUUUUCUGGCGAGUCUCUCCUCCAAACAAGGCUCCGUCCACUACCAGACGCUCAUAUUGGAACGUGGAUUAUGCUUACUGGAUCUGCUAGAACUGUGCUCCAGCUGUCAGCCAACUCUAGCUCUGCUAGUAGAACACUUACCGCGUCUUCUACCCCGCCCAUAUUCAAUAGCUAACAGCCCAUUGGAGGGCUCCGAUCAGCUGCGCAUCAUAUACUCUAUACGCGCAGAUAAACCGGGCGUCACGACUAGCAUGCUGGAGACUAUGGUUGGGCAGCAUCAGGAGCAGAAGAAGCCCGUGCAACUAUAUAUUUAUCCCCGCUUGCAGAAUACAUUCCGAUACACAGAUGAGGAACUGGGGAGCAAUCAAAUUCUAAUAGCUGUUGGAACGGGCUUGGCACCUUUCCUAGGCUUUCUGGCACACAAGGAACUACGUCGUCAACGGAGCACAGGCCAAACCUGGCUCUAUGCGGGCGCCAAGACACCACAAGCCAUGCUUAAGCAUGAACAGCUGCUUGACUGGCAAAAAUCUUCAAUCAUACAACGUCUACGUCUUUGCUAUUCCCGCACAUCGAUGAACGACCAGCCGAAAUAUGUGCAGCAAUUAUUGGAGCAGGAUGCGGAGCAGCUUGUAGAGCUGUUGCAGCAGCCCACAACUGUUUUAUACGUCUGUGCAGAUGGUGCCCAGAUUUCCAAGUCCAUUAAUGAAAGUCUGCGUUGCUGUCUGCAACAAGCUUUAAACCUAAACGAAACAGAGGCCACACAGCACCUGAAGGAAUUGCGUGCGCAGGGGAAAUAUCGAGAGGAUAUUUGGCUAUAAUUAAAAAUGACCACAA